UUACAAAAUGUGAUCCAGACAGAUGACACAAUCCACUACAUAUGUAUGGUACACACACAACAGCUAAACUUCCUUUGAAAAAAUCUGUGUUAUUUCUCUGUUCCAUAUGGCACUUCCUUCACUGGUGUUGCUGUAUCCAAGCUGUGCCACCAAGUUAUAUAAACCUUUGACCGGGGCAAAGACCAGACACGAGCCAUGGGCUCAUGUGGGAAGAAGCGCUCCUACACGGAUUCCAUUGGCGGUAAGUACGACAAGGAAGAGGAGGAAAAGGAGUUUAUACCGCUGCGCAUAACGAGUAUUGCGAGCAACGAGGUGAAACCAUACGGCAGCACGCGUCCUGAAGAGAGCGGAGCUACUUCGCAACAACGUGCUGAGAAUAGAGUUGGUGAGAACGGAGUCGGUGAGCAUGCAGUCAAUGAGAACUCGUUGACUCCGUCUUCGCCCGACAAAGAGUGUUUUGCGCGGUUAAACGUUGCGCAAACACGAGCCUCGUACGGCAUUCAGGUGGAAGGGAGUGACGUUCCGCCACCCCUCUUGUCCUUCAAGGAUAUGGGCCUGCCUACUUCGGUGUUGGAAGAGUUAGGAAGGCAGGGUGUCAUCGACCCGUCGCCUAUUCAGAUGCAAGCCAUACCAUGCUUACUGCAGGGGCGAGACGUGAUCGCGCUUGCAGAAACAGGAAGCGGCAAGUCCCUAGCCUACGUUCUCCCGUUGCUGAUGCGCCUUCAUUCCAAACCGGCGGCAAACGCCGGUGACGGACCGACAGCGCUGAUUAUCGUGCCGUCUCGCGAACUCGUCGACCAAGUUUACACACUUGUUGCACGCUUUUUCGAGAUCAUCAAUUAUGGCAGUCGGGAAACCGUGAACAACCUUCAGCAGGUGAGCAACUUAGACCAGGAUGCGUCAACAACACGGUUGUCGGCGGCCGCUACAGCAGAGUCGCUUUCUCGCCGUCAGGCACCACUGCCUUCGUUACCACCACCCUUACCCUUGCCUCCACCGCCACCAUCGCCUUUGCUAGCACCUCCAUCUCUGCCACCUCCCCGUCCUCUUUCCUCUGCAUUGGAGCACCCACUACCUGCUCGGCCACCAGUACUUUCUCAUGCAACUUCUCUUCCCCGUCUUCCUCUAUUCCCACAUGGAUUCCCUCAAGCAGCAGCGGCCCCUGCUAGUUCGUCCUUGCCUAUGCUGUCUCUGCCUGAGGUGACACAGCUGCCACUUGCUGACUUCCACACUGAGUUGUGCUCGGUGGGUUCACGGCCUGCAUGGGAGUCAUCGCAGCAUGUAAGCUCCGGUGCGGAAUUUCUUUACGCUGUCGGUUCGACGAAAGAUACACCGGGCUCCGGUUCUCACGACUGUUCCCCUCAGCUUCAACCAGAGCGUGGCUGCACCAUUGCGAACACUUCAGUGCUGGAUCAGAGGAGCGAGGGCCCUCAGAUUUCGCCCUCCCUGCCCUGGAGGAAAGCAUUAGGUGUUGUUGGAGGUGUGGAUAUCUUUCCACAAAUCCAAGCACUUAGGCGAGGUGUAGACGUUCUGAUUGCCACACCGGGAAGGCUCAUAGACUUGCUGGAAAGGAAGGAGGCAUCGCUGAACAGGGUUUGUUUUCUUGUGUUAGACGAAGCCGACAAGAUGAUGGGUGAGGGGAUGGAGGAGCAACUACGGAAGGUUUUAAACUCGAUUCCGGGGAAAGGCUGCCAGGCGUUGCUCGUCACGGCAACAAUGCCCAUCGGCGUCGAACGUCUCGCGAUCUCUUGUGUUGUGGAUCCCAUCACCAUCACCACGGGCGAUCCCAACACAACAGUUGAGUCUGUUACCCAGGAGGUAAUAUUUGUGCAUUCGUUCGGGAAGCGGUCGAAGCUCUUGCAAGUUCUGAGGUCCACAGAGUUUCCGCCGGUGCUGGUCUUCUGCAGUUCGAGGGAAACCGUCGAUUCCAUAGUCAAACUGCUCCGCUCGGAGCAGUUUCACGUCGCCGGGCUGCAUAGUGGAAAGAGUCAGACGUACAGGUUCCGCUGCAUGCGCGCUUUUAAGGAUGGAGGAGUCGACGUGUUGGUAGCAACGGACCUCGCGUCGCGUGGCAUCGACUGCCACGAUGUCCGUCGCGUGAUCAACUACGACAUGCCGGACAGCAUUGAGACAUACAUCCACAGGUGUGGCCGGACUGCGAGGAUGGGAAGCGAAGGGAUAGCGACAUCGUUUCUCUCGUUGGACUGCAAAAUCGCCAAAGAGCUUCGGCAAUUGUUACAGAAAACGGACCAGGUGAUCCCGCAAGAGCUGCAUGAUCUUCGUCAGUUUGGAGGCAAAGUUGUUAGGACAGAGUUUGGGGACAUUGCAAUGAGGACAUGAGCACAGGGGAGGUGUCAUGCUCAAUUUGCAAUUUGCGAUUUGCAGUUUGCAGA